AUGGCUUCAGUGCGAGUGGCGGUCCGAGUCCGUCCAUUGAACAAAAGAGAAAAGCAGCUGCAGUCGAAGGUGAUAAUUCAUAUGAAGGGGAACACUACAUCCAUUCAGAAGUGGGCUGUGCAUUUGAAACUCUAGCCUUUUCCUAUUGGAGGAGACAAGCUGAAGGACAGAGAGACUAUCUUUUCUUAUGACUUCUCAUAUGAUUCAACUGACAGAGGAAGCCCCACAUUUGCAUCCCAGGAGAGGAUCUUUCAUGACUUGGGGGCUGAUGUCCUGAAAGCUGCAUUUGAGGGUUUCAAUGCCUGCGUGUUUGCCUAUGGCCAAACAGGCUCUGGGAAAUCUUACACUAUGAUAGGCCACGGGGAUGAGAAAGGUUUAAUCCCACGGAUCUGUGAGGGCUUGUUCUGCGAGAUAUCUCACAGAAGCAAGAGUGAUGGCGUGUCAUUCUGUACAGAGGUCAGCUAUUUGGAGAUCUACAAUGAACGUGUGCAGGACCUUCUCAGGAAGAGAACUGCACCCACAGGUGGUGGAGGUUUAAGACUGAGACAGCACCCUGUGGAUGGACCAUAUGUAGAGAAUCUGUCCAAGCACUUGGUACACAACCACAGCGACAUGGAGGAUCUGAUCAUUCUCGGCAACGCCAACCGCAUCACAGCGAGCACAGGCAUGAAUAACUUCAGCAGCCGCUCCCACGCCAUCUUCACCAUCAGCUUCACCCAGGCGUGGUUUGAUGCGGAGCUGCCAUGUGAAACGCUGAGUAAGAUCCACCUGGUGGACCUGGCGGGCAGCGAGAGAGCCAAUGCCACGCGCACCACCGGCACCAGGCUGAAGGAAGGUGCCAACAUCAACAAAUCCCUGGUCACCCUGGGCAGUGUGAUCUCAGCCCUGGCUGACCUUAGCGUGGGAGGGCAGUCAACAAAAAAGAAGAAGCAGAUCUUCAUUCCUUACAGAGACUCUGUGCUGACAUGGCUACUCAAAGACAGCCUGGGUGGAAACUCUUUGACUACUAUGGUAGCAACCAUUUCUCCAGCUGACGUGAACUAUGGCGAGACCCUGAGCACUUUGCGCUACGCCAGCCGGGCUAAAAACAUAGUGAACUCUCCCACGGUCAACGAGGACGGCAGCGUGAAGGUGAUCAGAGAGCUGCAGGCCGAGGUCACCAGGCUCCGAAGGCUGCUCGAAGAAGCCAAUCAGGUUUCCCGUGGGGAGCUGUCUUCCUCUGUGAAGAUAGAGGAGGAGCUGCAUCAGAAUGAGGAAAAGGUACUAGCACUGACCAAAGAAUGGACCAGCAAAUGGGGCGAGACUCAGAGUAUUCUGCAGGAGCAGACUGUGGCUCUGAGGAGGGAGGGGAGGGGAGUGGUCCUGGACUGCCACUUACCUCAUCUGAUAGGAAUUGAUGAAGACCUGCUCAGCACUGGAGUCAGCCUGUUUUAUUUGAAAGAGGGCAGAACCCUGAUCGGGAGUGACGAAGCAUCAUGCAGUCAGGGUAUUGUGCUUCAUGGGCCCGGGCUUCUCUCUGAACAUUGUGUGCUUGAGAACCAUGCUGGGACCGUGACUCUGAUCCCUCAGGAUGGUGCGCUAUGUUCAGUCAAUGGCUCUGUGGUAACUGAUCCCUGCCAGCUGACUCAGGGUGCUAUCACACAGCUAGGAAGAGGAACCAUCCUCCGGUUUAACCACCCAGCUGAAGCUGCCCAGCUCAGACAGACACGGCAGAGCGGGCUGCCAUCUGCCGUCAGCCUGUACUUGACUGACAUGUCCAAAUCUACUGAGAAUCUGUCCAAGGAGAUGCUGCAAAAUCCAGGGAGGAUGGAAGAAAAGCUCAACCAGCAGGAGGUGGACUGGCAGCAGGUCCAAGGAAGCUUGAACAGACGCAACCGGGACAUCAAAAGACUUUCAAAGGAAAAUGGUUGGGCUCCCCAUCAACAGAGAGCAGAAGAGAAGACAAAGGGGGCAGAGAUGGAAGAAACUGGCAAUGGCCAGAGGGAAAUGCUGACUGCAGAGACAGCUGAGUCCAAAGUGCCAAGCAGCUGUCUUCCCUCUGCCAGAGUGGAGAAGCUCAUGACAACCGCCAUACCUGGAAAAUAUCCUGUCCCUCACACUGGUUUUGAUUUAGAUGGAGACACAUUACAGGGUGGGGUAAGCACCAGGGAUGACCAGGAGCAGGAGAGGGACUUGUGUCAUAAAUCAGCGACAGGGCUCAUGUCUGAGUGGCCUUGGAGGAAAGCUCAGAGCGGGGCUGGAGUUGCAAGUUAUAUGGGAGAGGUGGUUUGGUCAGGGGAUGCCAGCCUCCAGCAGACAAGUGUCCUGGGCCCGGGUGAUGGAUGUGGCAUGAAGCCAGAGGGGAAUGCUAAUGAGAUCCAAGGUGUCAUGGCUGACUGCUACGAGGGGAGACCUGGCUCUGGUGGGAGCUCAUUAGGCAGCGUGUCCCACCUGCAGAACCGUGGAGGAACUAGCUCCACGUCCGUCCUCCCACAGACCGGCACUCAUUCUCAGCUCAACAAAAAGCCUCUCAGCAGUCAAGCAGCCUCCCCUCCACCUGAGGAAACUACCUUCGAGGGCCAGUUUGGCUGUGAGGAGAUGGAUGAAUCUGGAGGUUUGAGGGAGAUCCCGGGAGUGCACAUGAAAGAAACCGCAGCAGCUGCAGUUCAAAACUCAGGGCUGCGCUCUUUGGUCAGCAGAGUUUCUUGGAUUGUCCAGGAUGCAGCGCGUCUCCUCUGGAGCUCUCCCACAGUAUUGCAGCAAGUCAGGGAAGAGGGACUACAGCCUGUUGGGGCCCGCUGGUCCAGACAUGUUGUCUCUCUAGCCAUGGAGAGCAAUGUCGUGUCUGUAGUGAAGGACAGCCAAGUGUUCUCCAUGGUUAAAGGGAGCUUUGUCUUCUCUCUGUUCAAAGAUAGUCACAUUAUUUCCAUGGUGAAAGAACUUCCUUUCGCACAGCACAUCCAGAUGGAGGUAACUCAAAACCUUCAGCCCGACGAGGCAGCUCAGAUGAUUCAAGGCUGCAUUAACCCAGACACCGAACAAGUCCCAGUGCUAACACCAACCCAAACCUUUAGCAAGGCAGAAGAAUUACCAGAUGUGUCGUCAAUGCCAGGAAAUAUCUGGACAAGGAAGAGGGGUAUCAGAGGUAUGCGGUUACAAGAGCAAGACGUGACUGGUUUUCAUGCAAAACAAGGAGACAAACUGAUCACAGAGCUGUUGCCAGUGAAACACAUCAGUGAGCCAGAGGUUACCCACGUACCUGAAGACAAAGAUCAGGCAUCAGAGAACUCCAGGACUCUGCUGAGCAAAACGGAUGUCAAAAUCUUUAGUCAAACAUUGAUAGAAUUUCCUGAUUCCCUUUUGAACCUGCAAACCGUGUCAUUACUAGACCUGAUGGACACGUUACAGUCCGUCACCCCCACCUCAGUGCUCACCUUCCAGAAGAUUAUAGCUCUCUAUUGGCUGAAUGUUGCUAAAUACAGCCAACCUGAGCUCCGUCCAGCCCUCCUGAUCCUGGUAGAGACCGGCCUCUACACCCUGACCGCUGACUCUGGGCUCCUGGGUUUGUUUCAUCACCUCCCCUUGUUGCAGCUGAGGGAGAUGCAAAUAAGCUUAGCAGGCCACAGUCUGCGUUUGAUGGGCGAUAAAGAGGAGAGCAUCCUGGAUGUGUACACCUACAGCCAGAAGCUUACCAAAGAGCUGUGCUGGGACAUACUUGGUAUCAUCUGUCCUGGGGACAACAGGGUCUCUCAGCACCCUCUGCUCCAUGGAGACUUGAUGAAGAUGUCUUUAGACUGGCAGACCUAUGUGCCUGACCUGGUGCUGGAUGCUGGUUUGAGGGUUUGCAGCCAGUUUCAAAAGAAUAUUGCUGAUCUGGUCUAUCUUCUUCAUAGCAACAUGGCUCAAGAAGCAGUCACUCUGGGAGAUGUGCAGCUGCUACUCUACACAAGUGUAGGUGUGUGCAUCCCCCCCAGCAGCCGCACUGAGCCUCUGGCCCAGCUUUUGCUUACUGGUACCCACCUUGGCCUGGUGUGGGCGGAUGCUCUCUUUCACCCAGCUUCACGCGCCGUCACCACAGUGCCCUGCCGUCCCCAAUUCCAUGACUUAACUCUUCGUCAGCGCUCAGAUGUGCGCUGCGUGCUGGUGCAUGAUGAAGACAAGCGCGGAGCUGUCAGACUGGAUGUAAUCCUAGCAAAUGUGAGGGGCAGGGGUCACCCUGAAAGCGUGACUAAGGCAGCUACCCCGCCUGCACAUGCUUCAAAUUCAUCUCCGCAUGCAGAAGUGUGGAAAUUAACUUUCAGUUGCUCCUCUGAGGCCGCCUGCCUGAUUAAUCACUUGUCAAAUGUCUGAUCAAGGACUGAACAGCCAGUAAUGAACAGCCCAGCUUGAAAACUCUCACUCACAGGGAGCAAUGGCAAAAGUGCAUCCCAAACAGACGGUGCAAAGGACAGCUUCACUGUUAAGUGACAGUGAAAACUAUGACCUAUUUUUGAAGUUUCUGUGUUUUCUAGACAUUUUUUGUCAUUUUAAUAUUGCAUGGCUUUAGCACUUGAAGGUUUUAUCUUUAAAACACUUGAAUCCCUUUGUUCUUUCAUUGUUUUUGUUCUUUAACCACUACCUCCCCAUUAUUAUCUUUCUCAAAGAGGCUGUCAGUUUAAUGUGGGAUGCUUUGAAAAAU